AUGAUCAACGUUCCUAAAACGCGCCAGACUUUCUGUAAGAAGUGUGGCAAGCACCAACCCCACAAAGUGAGACAGUACAAGGGCAAGGAUUCUCUGUAUGCCCGGGGAAAGUGGUGUUAUGACAGGAAGCACAGUGGCUACGGUGGGCAGGCUAAGCCGAUUUUCCGGAAAAAGGCUAAAACUACAAAGACUGUGCUAAGGCUUGAGUGCCCUGAGCCCAACUGCAGAUCUAAGAGAAUGCUGGCUAUUAAAAGAUGCAAACAUUCUGAACUGGGAGGAGAUCAGAAGAGAAAGGGCCAAGUGAUCCAGUUCUACGUGGCAUCUUUUGUUUUAUUAUGA